UUCUAAAAAUGAACAUCUGUUGAUGUAUGUUGUCAAUCACAAAAAUUUUCGGAUUAUCCCAACAAUAUUUACAGUGUAAAAAUUUUUGUAUGAAAAUGACAAAUCUACUGUGUAACCGGGGGUAAUACAGGUACAAGAUAAAAUUAUACUGUGUGCGAUGGUGAGGUGGCGCAUGUUCUUGUUGCUGGCCAUGCUACUUCUCCUACCGACUCGCUGCCACCCCAAGUUAGACGACGACGACGAUGAUGAGAGGAACGAGGAAGAAGAUGACGAUGAAGAAGGCGAAGAUGAGGAAGAGGAUGACGUAGACGCAUCAGAGAAGUCAGACACGGGGCCGGGUAGGCGCGCGCCCGCCAUACUACCUACGCCAAAGACCGUACCCGUGUCUAGGACGACGCCCAAACGCGCUCUAGAGUGUUAUGUGUGCGCUUACAAGUCCGAAGCACCAUUGAAAGCAUGCUUAGAUCCCACAAAAUACAGAGUGCAUACAAUAACGUGCCACAGUGUGGACGAUAAAUGCUUCACGUCAGUGAUAGCGAAGGGCAACGCAUACGAGGCGGUGAUACGUGGCUGUCGCUCUGGCUGCGUUGGUUCGCCGGAGACAACGUGCUGUGAGUUGAACCGCUGCAACAACCACGCUUUAAAUCUGCCAGUGGUGGUGCCACAUUCAGUAAAAAACAAAUCGUCCAAGUCAUUCCCGCCCACUGUUUUCUUCUUCGUAACUGUACUAUUGUUAUUACAAACGGUAGGUAAAGUUGCCUUCGUCUGAUUGAUAACCGUAAUACUUAAUCAAAUAACAAUUUCAAUUAAGAAUUAAAUCCAAUUAGAUUUAUUUGUAACAUACUACAGAGUUUCUAAAACAAUCAGGUUUUAUUAAAAAUUUUGAUUGUAUUAUGAGUUUAAACUUAUAUAGUUUUUGAUUUUAUACAGAGUAUAUUUAUGUACAUCUUAUAUGAAGUAAUUCAAACUGAACGGACACAAUAAAACUUUUGUGGAACAACUUGUAAAUGUGAGUGAUGUCAGAUCUCAUCAAAGUUCUGUUUUGGUUUAGUUUUUGUAUAUUAAAGUGUUUGGUUUAUAGUA